AUGCCGUCGAGAUUCAGUUGCACAGUAUCGAAUAACAAUUCUCGACAAGAAAAUAUCCACGGUUUGAAUAAUGAUAGCUAUCAAAAUAAGCUGGUACAAACAUCUACUUUGGCGAAGGCCAACGGGGAAAAAUUUGCAUUUACAGAGCCACCAUUGGCAAAGCCAGCCAAAGGUGCAACUGGUCAACCGCUAGAGGAGCCGCCCAAUUCAGUAUCCAAGAAGGAGUUGAAUCUAGGUUUAAGAAAAAGACGAUUAACACCAGAAGAACGUGAUGAUGCCAGACAGAACGAAUAUUUGGAACACAAAAAGGAAAAGAUAUAUACCGGAGGUCUUAAAACACGAUCUUCAGAAGAAAUAACGAGACUUAGUGAACUACGAACGCGUCCCGAAGUGAAGAAGGAACCUUUAAAACUAGAAGAGGAGGAGAAAGAAGACAAAGAAGAUAUUGGCAGUCGAAUUAGGAAGAGAGUACUACGGCCAAAAAAGGAGGUGACGCUCAGGAUAUCGCUGAAGAAACUGAAUUCUGUGGAAACGGAGAAUACAGAAUCAUCUAUGAAGAAAGAAUACGAUGAAGCUGCAAAAAAUCAAGAUUUCUGCGCUUCGUGUGGAUUACCAGGUUCUUUUAUUUGUUGUGAAGAGUGCCCCAAAUCGUUUCAUUUCCACUGCCUUAGCCCUCCGAUGGAUCCGGCACACCUUCCAGAUUACUGGAUUUGCAACGAAUGCCGGAAAAAUAAGCUUAUGAGUAGCAAUCAUCAGAAAAGUACACAUCCAAAGAAUGUCGGCAUAUUUGCCAAGAUGCUCGAUGACUUGGAAUAUAUUAAUCCAUCUUCAUUUAUGCUUCCCAGGGAUAUAUCGGACGCAUUUGAAGGAGUUACCGUGGACAAAUUUGGCGAUUAUAUCGACGAUAAUUUUAAACCGGUGAAAACAUACCGGCAAAUUUGCAAAGAAAAAGAAGACCCUCUUCACGAAAUUUAUGACCAGGAAGGCAACGUGAAAAUUUGCUAUAAAUGUGGAGGCUCUGGACUGAACCACCAAGAACUGAUAAAAUGCGAUUACUGCCCGCUAUACUGGCAUCUGGACUGCCUGGAUCCCCCAAUGGCUUCUAUAAAGCAACUGGGAACAAAAUGGAAGUGUCCGAAUCAUGCCGAUAAUGUUAUUGCCCCAAAGUUAAAACUUCCGCACCAGCCCUCGGUUGAGAUUGCUGCGACGAGGGGGGUGAAAAUUUCUCCAGACUCCAAUGUGGAGAUUGACAAUAUCGAGGAUGCUGAAUCGUUUGACCAGGAUGCUACUGUUGAUUAUCUGUAUGAUUCUCGGACAGCUAAACAACAACUACAAGGAAAAAAAUUGUACAAGUUUGAGAACGGGAAAACAUCCCUUCAUUACAAUUUAUCAGAACCAAUGCAGCGCUAUAAGAAAUACCUCAAGUUGGGUAACGUGACGUAUCGAUUCAAAGAGGAGGGUGUCAUUUUGGAUUUUAUAAAAGGGUCUCGUAUUAAAAAACUCCACGAUAUGCAUAACAUGGACCAGCAUAACUUACACCUGUACGGGAAAUUGGAGCCGGAUCUAAAAGGUAUGGUGUCAAGUUUGUGCAAACUUAGUAAGCGAGAAAUUGCUAGUCCGCAGCAGAAACAAAUAAAUUUCGAAAAUUUACUUAACGUUGCAAAUGCCGAUUACAAGAUUGAAAAUGAGAAGCUUGAUAAAAAAGAGCUCCGCAAGCUAAUGAUGGUGAAAGCUCUGAUGGAAAGAAAAGGCGAGGACAAGAUGAUGAAAUUUCUUCGCUCCUGA